UUCCUCCACAAGCACUUAUGAGAAGUGCUUUUUCAUUCUAAAAAAACAUUUAUUUUUAAAAGUCAUUCUCUCUGCUCUCCUGAUCAUCAUGAAACAAUGCUACCAAAUAAUCAAUCAGUUGAUUCACUCCAAAAGAAUGAUUCACUCCCAAAGAAUUAUCGGCGAAAAAUAUGGAUGAUGGGUGACGGGAUUCCGGCUGGGAGACGUUUCCGACGGCACGUUCAGUUUGUGGAGCCGCGGAAGUCGAGAUUGAGAGUGCGGCGGAGCUAUGAGGUAAUCGCGGAGGUCGCGAUGGAGUUUCAAGGUUGUUCUCGUGUUUUCGUCGACAAAUCCGAUCUCAUCAACCUUGAUCUCUCAGACACCACCGAGAAAAUCAUCGCUGAAUACAUAUGGUUAGUUAGUUAUCACUUUCUUCACUCUUUCUAACACAGUAUCGAUGAUGUUGUUUUUGCUUCUUCCGUACGUACGAAAGACACUACUAAAAACUAGUUUGUUCGAUGUCUUUUUCUGUUUUAUUUACAUUAUGACAGGAUUGGUGGCUCUGGUUUGGACGUGAGGAGCAAAGCAAGGUUAAAAAUUGGAAUGAAAAUAAAUGGUUUACAUUUGUCAAUUUUUGAACCAACAUACUGAAAGUAAAAAAUACUAGUUUAUCCUUAGUAUUACUAUUAAUCUUAGCUCUGAAAUAUCCUAUACUAUUGCAAUUUUUUACGAACUAGUGUAAAUUAAAGACUAGCUACAAUAAUUGCAUAUUAACUUUGUGAUGUUAAGCAUUACCCUACUGAUAAAACUAUGAAUAUCAAUUGUCAUUGUGUUAGAUGCCUUGUAAUUGUCAUUGUGUCAUAUGUGUGUAGGUUAGAGAACUUUAAUAAGAAGGAAGUUUUAUUUUUACAUGUGUGUCAUAUGUUUCUUUUAUAUUCAUCAAUGUUGAUUUAUUAAUAUCUUUCAAUAUUUUGCAUUUGGUUACUACGAGGCUCCACCUGAGGAGGAUUUGGCACUGUUGAAAGAAGAGACUGCAAGAAGGAUAGAAGAUGUUCGAAGAAAUGUCGAGGAGAAGCUUCAGACAGAGGAAGUCAAGUUGGAAA